ACUUGACCCUUGACGCUGGCCUAAGUGUUCGUGUCGGUGGGUAAAUCGCAAGCAUUCCGCGGGAUCGGCAGUCCCGCGUCAAUCAUCGCGCGCUUAAUUAUACUUACUUGGUAUAUUGGCCGAAUUCCGUUGUUUAGCAGUCGUCGAUCACGUGCAUCCGCAUAUAUAUGAUCGCAUUCCCCCGCGUUACGCGAAACUUGCGAUAUCCAACGGCGCGUCCUUCUAUACGUUUCGACGUAGACGAUAAAUCCUUCUCUUUAUUUUCUUCUUUAUUUUCCCUCUUUAUUUUUCUUCUUAAUUUUUUUCCGUCUCGCCGAGAUACGGAAUUUUUUUCGAUUGUUCCAUCAAACUGAUGUGUGUCAGCGUUUAUGCGAUAAUCUCAGUCAAGAAGACGGAUUGAGACCAUGCACGUGGAAAAUGCGCUCGCGAUUGCCACAGGUUCACGCGCGAGGGUGAGGCAGCGCGAUUAGAAAAUUCCGCGAUUAUUCGCAGGAAAGAGAUAAUCGUGGCAGAAGUUUUCGCAUUUUCACAAAGAAGCUACGGUGCACAUGCAGUCGACGGGAAUUCGCCGUUAAAAACAGAGUUUCAAAUUUUCUUCUACAUCGAAAUCUGGUUGAAGCUGACCAACACUUUGCACCGCCGAGUCGAUUAAAUCUUACACGAGCAACACUCGAUUGGAAAAUUAUAAUUAUUAAAAAUUAUAAAUUGCGGUUUACAAUUUGAAAGGGAACGAAGUGGAUAAAGAAGUGCCAAGAAUAAGUUCAUAUAUCGAAGCUGCGAAAUUGCACCGAAUGAUUGACAAUUUGAUCUUCAACGAUAUGGGGAACGUAAUGCAAUUAGCCGAGGCCGAGGACGAGGAGAGCCUCAAGUGCAAUGGCACGAUUCACGCGGAACUGCCAAUCGAAUUGCGUUUCAAUGACGGCCACUUGGUGGCGAUCAUCACUUACAGCAUCCUAAUGGUGAUAUCGGCCAUUGGAAAUAUUUCCGUGCUGACCAUAAUAAAAAAACGAAAGUCCAAGUCCCGGAUACAGAAUCUCGUAAUGCACUUGUCGAUCGCUGACCUCUUCGUGACAUUCCUGAUGAUGCCAUUCGAAAUCGGAUGGGCGAGCACGGUAUCCUGGGAGGCAGGAGACGCGAUGUGUCGCAUAAUGGCUUUCUUUAGGACAUUCGGCCUGUAUCUUUCAUCCUUUGUAAUAAUCUGCAUAAGUAUAGACAGAUAUUACGCCGUGAUGCGACCCCUCCAAAUACUAGAUAUUCACAGGAGAGGGAAGAUAUUGCUGAUGCUUGCGUGGAUUGGUUCUGUACUUUGUUCCAUGCCACAGAUGUUGGUGUUCCAUCUUGAAACGCAUCCAAAUUACACUUGUUAUACCCAAUGCAUAACGUUCAAUAUCUUCCCAUCGUACGUGCACGAAGUUUCCUACAGUUUGUUCGGUAUGGUAGUGAUGUAUUGGUGCCCCCUGAUUGUAAUAUUCUAUACUUAUACCAGUAUUUUCAUGGAGAUCUGCCGUAGAUCCAGGGAGAGGAGUGAAGACAGAAUACGUCGCUCCUCGUGCAGUUUUCUAAGCCGAGCGCGAGUACGCACCUUAAAAAUGACGAUAACCAUUAUCGCUGUCUUCAUUAUCUGUUGGAGUCCUUACUACGUGAUGAGUGUUUGGUAUUGGAUUGAUCGAUCAUCAGCCCUCAAAGUCGACGAACGCAUUCAGAGAGCUCUUUUCUUUUUCGCGUGCACCAACUCCAGUAUGAAUCCCAUCAUCUACGGUAUCUUCAAUAUUCGUCAAAGAAAUAAAGCACAGCUUCAAUCCCAUCCUCUUCUGAAGCUCGUCAACACAACUGUGGAACUUCCUGUUGUCGCAUACGCCAGAGAUUCCAUUUUCACCAUUUUCGUAAUAACAUUGCCGAUUUUUUUUAACCCUCCAACUUCAUAUAACAGACGUUCAUCGCAUGAUCGUAAUGGUAAUUUGUUAUCUCGAUAAUUAGAUAUUUUUCUCUACUAAUUGAUAAGUAAAUCCCCACCUCACAUCUUGCAUCCGCAUGUUUACAUGCGCGUUUAAUAGAAGAGUAAUCAUUGAUGCUUUCUUGAAGAAAUGAAGAAAGCAAUUACAAAAAACAACGAAUGUUCGAACCAGACGCAAAGACGUUUAAGAAAAACAUUCAAACUUUAGGACGGUCGAUUAGACGAGAUUUAGGACUUCG